UACUUUUUUUUUUCUUUUCACAUAACAGAAACAAGGACCAUCCAAUCUACUUUUGCAGCACCUUAUUCGAGAUGUGAAACAGAGCACGCUUCCCUCAGAUUAUAGGAUAUCCUUGAUCGAUAUUGGGCUGGUGAUAGAGUAUCUCCUUGGUGAAGCUUAUCGGAGCAGCUACACAAGGAAACACUUUCGAGUUCUGUACAAUAAUCUCUACAGAAAGCACAAGAGCAAUCAGAUGGAUAGCAGAAUGGAAUCUCCUGAAAAUACCCUGCAUUCUCAGUUCUUCAGAACAGCACAGCCUUACAAAUGCAAGUGUUAAUGAGAAGGCAGAAGAUGGCGAUGUUCUUCUGGCAGCAUGGAGAGGAAGCCAUGGUCAAAGCAGUUGUAGCUUGUAAACUCUACAGGGCAAUGGCACGUGAAGCUAAACAGAGCAACAUGGUGGAUGACACUUCAGAAGAACUUAAGAAGUACUCAAAGGAAUUUGGGCAGCUUGCUUUAGAUAUAUUGGAGAAAGCAUUCAAACAAAAUGAACAAAUGGCCAUGAAGUUGCUGACCUAUGAACUGAAAAACUGGAGCAAUUCAACGUGCUUAAAAUUAGCAGUGUCUGUGGGCCUUCGGCCUUUUGUGUCUCAUACCUGUACACAGAUGCUGCUGACUGAUAUGUGGAUGGGACGUCUGAAGAUGCGGAAGAACUCCUGGCUUAAGGUCAUUAUAAGUAUUCUCCUACCUCCCACUAUCUUGAUGCUGGAGUUUAAAAGCAAGGCAGAAAUGUCUCAUGUGCCUCAGUCUCAAGACUUCCAUCAGUUCACAUGGUACCAUGGUGAUCAGAGCCCAGCCAGCACGAAAGAUGUCUUGUCUCUGAAAGAUUGUGAUGUGGAGAAGGUAGCUCAGACGUCUGAUGAAAGUCAAGUAGACGACGCACAAGGAAACCUGACUGGCACUAGAAAAAUCUAUGAGUUCUACAAUGCACCGAUUGUCAAAUUCUGGUUUCACACGAUGGCAUACAUGGCUUUUCUCAUGCUCUUUACAUACACUGUGUUGGUGAAGAUGGAACCAAGACCAAGUAUGCAGGAGUGGCUUGUUAUUAUUUAUAUUUUCAGCACUGCCAUUGAAAAAAUCAGAGAGGAAUCUCCUGGAUCUCUUUAUGUCUGUUUGUAUCAGCUGAUGUUCCUAGAUAACGUCUGGCAAGUUGAAGUCACCCAUAAGGACAAAGGCAGCCAAUCUAGAGAUAUCUCUAAGUUCCUUAAAGAAUUAUUCAUAGAUGUUGUCACCUUGGCUAGGGGGUCCAUAGCAGAAAUUGUUUUCGAGAAAGGUGCAUCCCACCAGGCAUCAUCAGUCCUGGUGUUGUUUAGAUUUACCCCACAAUCAAGAAACCUAAAAUUCUGCUGGUAA